AACAUGCAUCAACAAAUGAUCUGCAUUAUAACAAUCAAGUCGGAGAGUUAACUGGUUAGGUUUUUGUUGGUUUUGUUUAAACAGGUCUUGUUUAGACAGCAUUAGGCCGUCUCUUCUGGGGAAAUUGUGAAAUGAAAGACAAAAUUCAACCAUCUGAGAAGCUACAGAGUUAUGAAAGGGGUCAUAUUCUACCACUGAGAUUGCAGGAAGACAAGGAGAGAAAAGGAGAAGCUAUGAAAGACUGCCAGCAGGACAUUUUCCCUUAUGACAAAUGGUCGAAUCCCGUCCAAAGGAGAGGCAACUCUGUCACAGCCAGCCGCAAAAUAUAUUCUGAGGCCAGUAACAGGAGACAGGAGAAACAUGAUAGGAGUAAAUUAGAGCAUUCUGAUACUGACUCCAAAGAGCCAUCCCGAGAAAGAGGUGAAACCAACUGCAAAUCACUCAAUGAGUACCAGAUAUUACACAAGGACGAGUGCAAACUUUAUGAAAAUGAGAUCCGACUGACACAAGGAAUACACAAAAGGAAAAUUUUAUUAGAAGAAAAGCUGUUAAAUGCAGCAGAAAGACUGAGGAAGCUUCAACUGAGCACUGCAUCUGAGGAACAGGUGAAAGAGGAGCAAAGGGACACAGGGAAAGCAGAAAACAGGUUAUAUUAUACAGGGAAAGGAAGCUGGGACUGGGAGAGCGCCAGAGACAGGGCUGUAGGAGGCAGAAGACAUGAAAGACAAGGAGAGGAAUUCAGUAACCGGGUUAGAGUGAAAGAUGGUAUAAAAAGACAGGAGACUCAUGUGAAAGAGACAAAUGCUGGGCAGAAAGAGAAAUGGGGAGAAGGAACAGACUGGGAGAACAGUGGAAGAAAUACCCAGAGAACCACAAAGACUGUGGAAAAGGAAUGGGACCAUUUUGAAGAAAUGACAAGGCAUAAGAGGGAAAGGGCAAGAACUGAAAAAGACAAGACAAGGAGAGAAAGAGCAAUGGAUUGGCAAGGGAAUGAGAUGAGAGAAUGGGACCAGAGAGAUUGGCAGGAAGAGGAAAACGUGAGAGUGAAUUACGGUGAAAAGAGAAGACCUGAAUUAGCAAAACUUAAGAGAGACAUAGAGAGAGACACUGAAGAUCAGCAAUGGGACCUAAUGGACAACUUUGCUUCAAAUUCACAUAUUAAAGUGAAAGCUGUCUCCAAGCAUGACAAAACAAAUAUAGCUGUAGAAGACCAUUUGGCAACUCAAGAGAGAGUGCAUCAUUACAGUAACAAAGUUGAAGAGGAGAUGCAUCUCAAAAUGCCACCAUCUGAAGCUGCUCCAAGCACUCAUAAUGGUGAAAUGCACCAGCAAGUGCAGCUCAGUUCAGAAAGUAAUCCUUAUGCUGAUAUCCAAUUUGUGCCUUGUACAAUGUGUAAUAAGCGUGUGAGGAAAGAAAGGCUGGACACACAUAUCAGAACUAAUCACACAAACAAAAAACCCAAACAUAAAGUCUUCCCCACUUCAGGGUACCGGGCCAAAGGCACAGAGCUAGAGAAGUUUCUGAAGUUAAAAGACAAAUAACAUCACCAGAGGACUGGCUGUCCCAGCAAAUUCAGCCCGAGAAGAAACGUCUGAUGCAAAAAGAAGUCUUCAAGAACCUAAAAAUUUCAUCACAGGAGCUGCUAGUAAGCUUAGUGUUGGUGUCAAAGUGCAUGUUUAUACAAUCAGAAAGAGACUGCACAAAUUUGACCUGCGUGGGAGGCGUGCCAGGAAAAAGCCUUUGCAAGACUACAGUUUGCCAAUGACCAUAUAGCAGACAUGUUUGACGCAGACCAAAGACAUCUUUUCUGUCUGAAAGCUGAACCGAAAGUGGAUCUUUCAACAGGAUAAUGAUCCUAAGCACAUUAUGAAAUCCACCAAGGAAUGGAUCAAAAAUAUGAAAUGGAGGGUUAUGGAAUGGCCUAGACGAAGCCUGGACUUGAAUCCCAUUGAAAUGUUAUGGGAGGGGGGGAUUUUAAACCGGCAGUACAUGCAAGAGAACCCUCAAACAUCUUACAGUUUAAAGAAUAUUGCAUGGAAGAGUGGUCAGAAAUUCCAGCAAGCCUGGUGGACAAUUAUGCAAAACACCUACAAGAAGUUAUUUCUGCUAAAGGGGGCAAUACUAGCUUCUGAGGCCAAGGGUGUACUUACUUUUUCCACAGAAUAAUAUCACAUCUAUUCAUAUUUCUAUUAAAUAAAUGAUUGAAAAGGCUAAUCUUCCUUGUGGGUUUGUUCAGGUAUAUCAACUUUAUUAAUAGGCACUGUUUCAAAGAUGAUCAAAUGUUUGUUUGUCCAAAUAUGUUUAAAAAAAAAAGAAAAGAAAGCCAACAAUUUCCAUGGGGUGUACUUAUUUUUUCAUCUGUAGACCAGACACAAAAGCAAUUUAUGAUUACAGGUUGGUUUUAACACAUGUAAUAAUUUAACCAUUCCAGUUGUCUUACAUACUAUGCUGUAUUGCUUACAUCAGAAUACAUUUUUUUUUUGGCCAUAAAAUCUUUGGUGCAAACUUAUCAAUGUAGAAAAACACUGAACAUGUAUCUGAAAAAUAUGAAAAUCUUAAUAAAAUAAAAGAAUAUAGAAAGCAGAAACAUUAUAUACCAUCAUAAGUCUGCAUAACCUGCUUUAGAAGUUAAGAAGGCACUUAUAUAUAUAUAUAUAUAUAUAUAUAUAUAUAUAUAUAUAUAUAUAUAUAUAUAUAUAUAUAUAUAUAGAUAUAGAUAUAGAGAGAGAGAGAGAGAGAGAGAGAGCAGGCUACAGCUUAUGGUUUGCACUGAAGAUGUUGGCAUUUUGCUGCCUGUCAUUAUCAAAUGGAGCGUACAAAUACACUUUAUAGCUCCAUGGAUAGAAAACGACCAUAAAGAAAACAAAAUACAAAAAUAUAAUUAUGCAAUGUGCACGCACACACACACCUUUGGUGUCACUGUACCUUUAAAAAAAAAAAAAAAAAAAAAGCAGAGAAUUUGAUGUGCUCAGUGGAUGUGGAUGUACAGUUGCAUUCACUUUUGGCAUGAAAAUUUUGAUAACCAUCUCAUUAAAAUGUUACCUACAGGAUUUUGUAAUACAAAAAUAUAAAGGGAUAAUGUAUCCCAAAAUAAUUUUUAUGUCCUGUUUGGGCUGUAACAGAGUACCCUAUAUACACAAAGGCACUGAAAACAAGCAGAGUUAAAAAAUUAUAGUAAAAUAUUUCUGGGUUCCAUGGAAUGGUGUUGCCAGCCCACCACAAAAAAAGGUCAGCUGACCGGUUUUGGAUCCUGCCUUCCCCCAAACAGUAACAAGGUAUCAGCAAGUCAAGAAAAGGAGGGUGGGAAAGAGGGUAUGCCCCAAAACUCUAACUGAGCCUCACUGACUCCUCAAUCCUACAUUCUUCAGCCUGUGACCCAAAAAUCAAUCAAAUCCUGCCACUUUAACGGACACAUCAAUUCUUUAAAUGCAAUCAGAGGAAUCAAGGAAGAGGCUUCUAAAACAAGAAAAUAUGACAUGCGGAAGUCCUUUUUUGUACCAUGUGAGGUAUGCAGACGUUUUUAAAAUUGCAUUAAUUAUUGUCUUAUUUUUUAAGAUUAGGUCUCUAACGAUUGGGAGGUGAAUGACAUGUGCACAAAGCUCCGCCCCCAGGAUCUAAGGUGGCUGACAAGAGGUGCCUCCAAACACAAACAAGCAUUUCAGACCAGAAGUCAGUUUUCCAAACGGGUUUUCUCAAUUUUCUUUGCUAAGGUCAAGGCUUUAUCCAUUUUUGUUGUUGUUGUUUUUUUUUUUUUUUUAUCAUGUUCUACAUAUCUUACAGAUUAUUUGUACAAGUAAGCAAAAAUAAACUAUUGCACCUUUAAAUGCUCCAGCUCCCACAUAAAAACAAGCAAUACAAUAAUUUGAAGCACUAAAACUAACUUAAGGGUACACAUAAAAAUUUUGAAAAAGUAAUUGAAAUGUACCUGACUUUCAGGCUGUGUAUAUGCAGAUUCAAAGCAGGUGGCAGAAUUAAAGAAAUGAGAAGCACCCCAAGAUUACCCAGAUUUAGAAAUACGUGCAUAAAGAACAUCCAGGAGUAGGUAAUUUCUAAUUAGUGCCACCUGAACUAUACAAAACACACCCCAACCACAAGAGGGAGACAAGCAUACAUAAUGUGAAAAUCAGUAGUACAUUCUUCAUCACAGAUUCUUGGAUGAUAUGUGAAAACCAUUCAUAUACACAUUUGUAUAUAACGGAUUAAAUUUUUAAAUGAUGUCUCAUUAGUUGCAGGUGUCCAUAACUCUCCAAAAAUAAAGUACGACUUGUAUAUGAGAAAUUA